CAAACCCUCUGAAGUGGCUCUUGCUUUUAUGGUUUUUGCACCUCCAGAAUUGCAAUCAUUUUCAUCUAUUAUUUUGUAUGCUUAAACUUUCCUCCUCGGUUUGUCUUGAUGAAUUGAACUGUGCUAGCUUGUAUUUUUACUUAAUACCUUUCAACCUACUAAAAUUAUAGUAAGCUAAAAAUAAAGGUCAAAACACCUUUAGAAAUUUCUGGAAAGUUGAUUUCGGGAGUUGAGUUGACUCUAUGAAAAGUUGAUUCUAUGAGAGUUGAUCUACUAAGAGUUGACCUCAUGCAAAGUUGAUCUGGUAAGAAUUGAUCUCGUGAAAUUAAGUUGAUCUCGUGUGCACCCACCAAAAAAACUCAGCGUUUGUAGAGUCCUAUGGACCUCAGGCAGCAAUUACACUUUAUGUAGCUAGUAUAAGGUCACUGCAUUGAGCAUCAAGAUAGCUAUCUACACAUUUUGCUGACUUGACAAUAUUCGUAGCACGUGAUUGUUAUGUGUCGAGUCAGCAAAUAAUAGCUACGUUGAUGUACAGUGGUUUGCAGAACAGUUGUCGAGUAGCAGUAGGCGGUAACUCUGUCUUUAAAAGAGUUUCUUCCAUGAACUGCAGGCGUUGAGCUGUACCACCUUUAAUUAAUCUUCUGAAUAAUUAUGGUGUAUAGCUUCCCACAAGAAAAGUACUGAAGAGUAGUUCAAAUUUAAUCACCGGUACAUGUUAAGUAUAUUCAUAUACUCUCUUCAGUGCUUCCAGAGGAAUUAUUAAAAGUGAUGGUCAGUACAGCUCUAAUUGACAGCAACUACAGAAAACUCAGAGUCCUAUAAUUAUACCACCACUUACGUCACCACUAAUUGAUCUCAUUGGUCAACAGCUGUAGGAUAUAUAGAUACAGCCCCAGGCAUGCACAGUUUUCAAGUUGUUUUUAGUUUUUUCAUUUGUUCAAGAAAGUAAGCAAAGAGAAAAGAGCCAUGCUUGACGGUACUAAGACACAAAGCGACGGCAGAAACACGGAAGGUGCUCUCCAACAAGCUUCCAUGGGUCCAUGGGCGCGGAUUUUAUCCAAGAAGAGCUUGCAACUCCAGUAAGGGACGUCGAAUGGUCAACGCUUGUACCAAGGAAACUCUUGAGCGGAGUCAACAUGUUGCUCAACUAGCUCUUUGACGGCUGCAAAAUCCGGCAUAGUCUUGUUCUUUUUUGCAGUCUGAAUCGCGAUUGAAUUAUUGCUAGGGGGAGGUCCUUUUAUAUAGUGCUGCGGUCACGUGGUAUAAGUCAGAUAUGCCACACCUACUCGGACCCUAUAUAUCCUCUUAGGUGUGGUAUAUCCUAUACUUAUGGCCAACAGGCAGCAAUUGCAAGAUCACAGGUAUACGUCAUACUCAGAGUAGCAGUGGGUUCACUAGACCGUUUACUCAUGCUUUUAAAGCUGAACGUUUUUGCUGACUCAGCAAAAAUUGCCAAUUUAUUUCCAAAUUAAUUGCCUCUGGCCUGGAUAUGUAACCGCAAUGACACAUCAAUGCAUUGAACUUCAUGAUUUGUGCACGCAUGUCGGACCUCCUCUGGUAAUUGCUGUAGCAUGCAAAAUAUAGAUUUAGUACAAUUAUUGAUAAUUAUGCCUCGCUGUACAUGCGCAAGCGAGGUACCCAUAAUUAUUAGAUUUAAUAUCAUGUAUAACUCUCUACUCAAAAGGUGUACGGUAGUGUGUUUGUGUGUCUGUGUGUGUGUAGACUGCUACAGCGAAGUACGUGCAAGUAAGAGUUUCUAUAGGUUUCUAGUCAUGGAUUUUAAUAAUGCCUAUUUGGCUUACUCGGAAUACCUUUUCACUUGUUUACCGAGUGUUACUACUCUGCAUUAGCUGCAAGGCUCUGCUGAUGGCAUGCCAUCAAUUGAACUUUUGGCAUCGAUCGUUCUUAAUAACAAUCAUAGUCGAUCAUUACCCACUCCUUGAGUUUGCAUGCUAGCAAACAAAAAUGUUCAUCAUUUGUACGUGUAUAAAAGCUAUUAGUAGCUUUAUGUUAUGUAGCUUUGGCAUCUCCACCGAUGCGUGCAUCAGCACCUGCGGUGCUUUCAAGAGUUCAUUGGGACAUAUAUUCCAACCUACGUCACAACCACAUGCUGUUGUGCUGAUCAGUGAUCACAACUGACAGUAGGAAAGGCAAUAGUUACUAUUCAUUGCCAUUCCUGCUAGUUGCGGUGUAGCGUCGAGCCAAGCCGAUUUGUCUCCAAUUUAACACUAGGUCGCCUGGUGUUGACAUACAUACACAUGUGCUGUGGUUGCUCAGGCCUUGGAGCGAAUAAUAGUAGGUUAAAUCACGAAGAACUCAUGUCAUAGGUCUAUUCUAGUUUGUCAGCUAUAGAGUGUUAGCUGAAGGGGUCUGAGCAUGGUAUACAAAGAGAUUGAUGGCCAGAGUGUGAGGAUACCGUAUAGCGGGUAUAUUUCGAGGGUAUAAAUGUUUGCGGUUUUCGCGGAUUGAGCCUGUACCGCGAAAAUUUAUACCCACGAAAAUUUAUGAAUAGUAGGCGUGUUCAGUAUUAUGGAUUCGAGGCUAACGGUGUGGAGGUACACUGCAUGUAGUCUCAAGAACGGCGGCUGAUUCAUGAGACUACGCUGCAUGUUGAUGUGCGCAUGCGCCAGAAGGCUGGAACUCAGACCACGAAAAUAAAAUCCGCGAAAUCCUUUGUAAUGGUCCAUCCCCGAAAAUUUAUACCCUCGAAAUAUACCCGCUAUACGGUAGUAUAGACUUAGUUAGGCGGAGUCCAACCAACCCACGCAGUUGCCCUCCAAUCUACUUGUACUAAACUACUGACGUGGAAUGGCUCUGGAUUCUACUGUCUCUUGGUGCACUGUGAACACACAAGGCACAUCCAAUGGAGAAGCUCUUGUUUGAAGCUCUUGUUUGGUGUACUGCUUGUGCAAUAACACUCUGCAAAAAACAGCGAUUGCCCACAUCUAGUGUCAUUAUAUCACUGUACAUGUAUUUUUAGACAUAGCACAAAGUAAUUGUAAUAAUUAUUAAUACUAUGUACCGGUCACGCCCAGAUACAAUCGGCAACCUAGCGUUCAAUUGGAGCCUGGGAUCGAGGCUAGUUGCGGUGUGACGUAGGUCUGGAGGAAUGCCUUUUGUAUACAGUCUAUUGGAGUUGCGUACUCUUCCUAAAUAACUUUUUGAUGUGAUAGAAUUGAGUGGAAGUCCUGCGAAACUAACCCUAACGCUUCAGGACGGACUCUGUAGGAGGACGGAGACCAGAACGUGGAAGUGAAAGCUUGCGAGUACUCUGUCACCACAGCAGCGAUCAAGGCUUCUACCAUUGAGGCUAGCUAAAACGAGUUGUUAUAGAUGCUUCAAGAGCGGCAGCAAGCUAGGAUACGAUGUAAGAAGAUUAUGUUGAGUGCCAGACAGGGGAAGACUGGAGGAUGUGGAGGACCAGCUGAGGGAGACCUUGCCCGAACUGGGAGAGCUAAUUCCCGUGUGCGAGCUCUAAUAAAACAGCACUAAGUCUUAUAACUUUAUUGGAAAGUCUCUUUUUACUGUGUGUGUGGCCACCAUGGACUAGGGAGUAUCAGGAGUGCAUGAUAGCUCUUUUCCUUUUUUCCAAGGUCGCAGUUUGCCCGUUGAGGUCGCAGUCAGAUGAGAGAAACAUUUUUGUUUGUUUUUUGCAGGCCCCAGGUGGGGUAAAAAUAAUUAUUAGAGAAUGGCAUGUACAGUGACAAGGGCACACGUACAAUAGUAGAUUAUUUAUUAUUGUUAAUAUUAAUGAGAUGGGAUUCUGCUGAGAUCAGGUCGAUCUCAAUGGGCACACCGACGAUCUUGCACCUCUAAUUGCUUGGAUGGCUGAGCGAGAAGGUUAGGCGACAUCUUAACCAGCAUAGAGUUUUAUUGUAGGUGAUGUCCCAUUGCUGGGCGAGUAGUGAGCUCAGGUGUUUGUAGAAGCCUUCUACGCCCAUGACUGAUAGAACUAACGGUUUGAAAGAGGAGUGUUCAACUUCCUGGACUCUUUGCUGAUAUGCCCGUUUCUUUUCUAGUUCGUGUUUUCUGUAUGUUGCUACAUGUGACUGACUACUCUUGUGAUGUCUUGAACAUUCAUGCCCUUGCAGGACAUAACUUGAAUAGACUAUAUCAGGUGUUAGUUGUAAGCUGUACUUAUGAUGUAACGUCUGUAUUCUAUCAAAAUUUGUGCAAUAAUUGAAAACACACACUACUGCACUGUCAAUCCUAUGUACAACCUACUGGUUGUACUAAUAUUUAUACAUAUUCUCGUUUUUGUAUAAAUACCUGUGUUGUUUAUUAUGAAUGAGAGUUCUUUAUUAUUCAAUUAUUCAAGUCCAUCUACGAUAUUACAACUGGCGACGAGGAUUGUGGAUUAACAAAUUCUAUGAUGGUAGGAACUCUCAACUCAUUCAACCCAAUGGACGAACCUAUCACCUCCUAUCUGGAACGUGUUCAACUUUUCUUCGUUGCAAAUUCAGUUGGCGAUGGCAAACAAGUGCCUACUUUUCUCAGCAUCGUUGGCCCUGCCACUUAUGCAAUUCUACGAGAUCUAUUUGCUCCUGCACUCCCAAGUUCUGUCACACUGGCUGACAUUUUCGAACGCCUCAAGAAGCAUUACGAGCCCAAAAGAGCUACCAUUGUGGAACGCUACCACUUUCACAAAAGAGAUCAACUCGAAGGAGAGACUGCAACCCAGUACGAUGCAGCUCUUCGCAAACUCGCAACACACUGUCAAUUCGCGGAUUACCUCGAGGAAGCCCUUCGCGAUCGGUUUGUUUGCGGCCUACGGCUGUUCAACGACGAUUGCUCUCAGAGAAGGAACUCUCACUCGCAAAGCUAUGGACCUUGCCGUUUCAAUGAUCAGCCCCCCUUGUUCUCGUCAUCGUAAAUGGAAAUGGACCGAGCCUAUUUGGACGAAACUGAAACUGGCUUAAGUACAUCCAACUCAAUUGGGAACAAAUUACCACGGUGCAAACUGAAUCCAAGGUGCUUCUGGAAGACCACAAUGCCCUUUUUAAAGAUGAGCUGGGUUCGAUACACCCAUUCACGGCAACUCUACAUGUCAAUCAGGAUGCUCACCCCAAAUUCUACAAGCCUAGACCAAUGCCAUUUGCCCUAAAAGACAUUGUUGGACAAGAGCUGGACCGCCUUGAGGAACAAGGCGCUCUUAAGAAGGUCGAAUUCAGUGAAUGGGCUGCCCCGAUUGUCACAAUACCAAAGAAGGAAGGCCGAAUUCGAAUAUGUGGCGAUUACAAGAUCACCAUUAAUCAGGCACUUACAGUGGACUAGUAUCCCCUGCCAAAGCCCGAAGAAUUGUUUGCAACCUUAGCAAAUGGGGAACAAUUCACCGAAUUGGAUUUGUCUCAAGCCAGUUUCCGCUGGACGAGUCCUCGAUGCCUUAUGUGACUAUCAACACUCAUCAAGGCCUGUACCAAUACACUCGCUUACCAUUUGGUAUCGCAUCGGCUCCAGCUAUUUUUCAAAGGCUGAUGGAGACAAUUUUGCAAGGAAUCCCUGGAGUCGUAUGCUACAUUGACGACAUUCUUGUCACUGGCAAAAAUGAAGAAGAACACCUCAGAAGUUUGAACCAAGUGUUUUCGAAAUUGACCGAUCACGGGUUUCGACUCAAGAAAGGAAAAUGCAAAUUUAUGGCGAAGUCGGUGGAGUAUCUCGGUCAUAAAAUUGACAAAGACGGAAUUAGCGCACUACCAAACAAAGUAGAUGCCAUUGUCAAUGCUCCUCACCCAACCAACGUACAAGAGCUACGCUCAUUCCUGGGCUUAUUGAAUUACUACGGGAAGUUUAUUCGAAAUCUGGCUUCAUCCUCUCAACCAGCUACUGCAAGCCAACCACAAGUAGAAUUGGACUGCAGAAUGCCUUUCAGAUGGCCAAAGACCAGCUAGUAUCAGCUGACGUGCUCACCCAUUACAACCCAGACCUACCCAUUCGCAUGGCUUCAGCUUAUGGAAUUGGAGCCGUGAUAUCUCAUGUGUUACCGGAUGGAAGUAAAAAGCCGAUAUCAUUCGCUUCUCGAACACUCACCCUGACUGAAAAGAAUUAUGCACAACUGGAGAAAGAAGCACUGUCCCUCGUGUUCGGAGUAAAAAAGUUCCACCAAUACCUCUAUGGAAGGAAAUUUACCCUCAUUACCGACCACAAGCCUUUGACGGCCAUAUUUGGAUCCAAGAAGGGCAUACCCACUCUAGCAGCAGCACGUCUACAAAGAUGGGCCUUACUUCUGUCGACAUAUGACUACGAAAUACAGUUCAAGCCCACUGAAUCUCACAGCAAUGCAGAUGGACUUCCUCUACCUGUUCUCGAUUCAGACAAUGGAGGAGAAGCUGUCAGUCUCUUUAACGUGUCUCAGGUGCAGUCUCUGCCAGUAACAUUUCAACAAGUGCAACAAGCUACCAAACGUGACCCCGUUCUGAGCAAACUGUUGAGAUAUGUGAGGGAAGGCUGGCCAACACAAAUUCCAGAUGAGUUUAAAGCCUACCACAAUCGUCAACAUCAAAUCACGAUCGAACACGAAUGCCUGCUAUGGGGAAUCCGAGUGAUCAUCCCUACAAGUCUGCGACAGAAAUUGCUGGAAGCUCUUCAUGAGGGACACCCUGGUGUAGUGCGAAUGAAAGCGAUUGCCAGAAGCUAUAUGUGGUGGAGUGGACUAGAUAAAGAUGUUGAGAACCAAGCCAAAUCUUGUUUACCAUGUCAAGAAUAAAAAUCGAAUCCUCCAGCGGCACCUCUUCACACUUGGCAAUGGCCAACAACUCCAUGGAAAAGAAUCCAUACAGAUUUUGCCGGCCCCUUCUUAGGAAAGAUGUUCCUUAUAGUAGUUGAUGCCCAUUCCAAGUGGCCAGAAGUCAUCAUGAUGUCAACUCGACCAAAACGAUUGAAGCACUUCAAGCAAUAUUUGCGAGAUUUGGCCUACCGGAACAGUUGGUGUCUGAUAAUGGACCCCAGUUCACAUCUCAAGAAUUCGAGCA